CUCUCUUUCUCUCUCUCUUUCUCUUAGUACAUAUACACACACAUCUAUAUAUUAAAAAUGAGCGCACUUGUCACUAAACCCAAGUCUGAGAUGACAGAAGAAGAACUUCGUCAACAAGAAGAACUCGAAUUCAACACGGGUCCUCUUUCAGUCCUGCAACAAUCUGUCAAGAAUAACAAUCAAAUCUUGAUUAGUUGUCGUAAUAAUCAUAAAUUGUUAGCUCGUGUGAAGGCAUUUGAUCGUCACUGUAACAUGGUUCUUGAAAAUGUCAAGGAGAUGUGGACUGAAACCCCUCGUACCGGAAAGGGAUCCAAAGCAAAGCCUGUGAACAAGGACCGCUUUGUCAGCAAGAUGUUCCUUCGUGGCGAUACUGUCGUGUUAGGUAUGAGAAAAGGAUAAAGGCAUACGAUGGCGUACUCACUAUCUUCCUGUAGUUCUCAGAAAUACUGUAUAA